GAGCCUCAGCAGAGUGUCAGAGGGAAGAGUCAGAGAUCCUGGAUUUCUCAGCCAAUGAGAUUAAAUCUCAAAUGCGUCAGGUAAGCUUGGAAGAAACUUUUCAGAAACCACAGCUGCCUUUGAGGGGAAAAGAACCUGAAGAGCCAGGGAUGACUGUCCCCCUUGCCUCUCAAGACAAUUCGGCUUCCCCAGAGGCACCUCACCUGGAGGAAGGGAUUAAGGAGACAGACCCAGCUUUAAGGCAGAAAACUGGAGACAGAGCUGAGCAGAGUUUGACAUCUCUCAAGCCCAUUGUGCUGGAAAGCUCAAAACCAUCAGGAUUCCAUGAGGAUUUCAGAGUGGGGGUUGAAGGCCGUGAGGUCCAUGAAAGCUUUCUUAGUGAACCAGGACAUUAUGGCUCUGAGGCCAUUGGCCAAGAUGCCAUUAAUAUUCCUGGAGAACUAGUGGCCGAUAUGUCAGCAUCCAAAAGCCCUGGGGAUUACUCAUCGGUACUGCCUAUGAAAGAGAGGGCCUCGGUAAGGGAGGAUGAUGAAGAUCGUGACAUCGAUGAAUCCUUACCCCAAGAUUCACCUCUUCCUUCCCAGCUUUCUCCAAGGCCAGAGAGUUUCCAACCUCAAGAAGCAUUUGUCCCUUCAGAGGCUGCUAAGGAAACUGUUGCAGUCCCUCAUUUACCGAGAGAACAUCAUAUCAAAAUUCCUCUGCCUGAUGAUUUUCUCUCCAAAAUUUCCCCAGAGAUGCCAGUAAUUGAAAGGGACCUGCCUGCAGUAGGUCAGGUAGCAACUGAAGGCAGUGAUGACCUCUCUAGUUUAGAAUCAUCCGAGAGUGUUGUGCAAGUGGAUAUCAAAGCUAAUGUCCCAAAGGAGCAAGAAUUGUCAGAGUUGGGCUCUGAAGAUACACUGAGUGGGGAGCUGGGGAGCCCAGGUGCCUCAGUGCAAGAGGGUACAAAAACACCCGAAAAGCAGCCCGUGCGUUCGCCAUCCGGGAAGCCAGUCAGUCGGGUUCCUCAGUUAAAAGCUCGUAAAGGCAGCGCAACUGGAAGUGAUGAGAAAAAAGCCAAGACAUCCACACCUUCCUCUGCUCAAACCUUCCUGAAAGGUAGACCAACCAUUAGUCCUAAACGACCCUCUCCUGUUAGCUCAGACCCUUGGCUCCCACCCUCCAGCCCAGCUGUGUCCUCAGGACCAGGUUCCUCUCCUAAACACGUCUCUUCUGUCACAUCCCAUACUGGCAGUUCUGGAGCUAAAGCAAUGAAACCCAAGGGGGCAGAGAAUAAAAGCGGCAUAAAGAUGGCCACUCCCAGGGCGGCAGCACCUUCGGGUCAGAAAGGACCAGCCAACGCAACCAGAAUUCCGGCCAAAACAUCAGCCCCAAAGACACCUCCAAGUGCUGGUGAAUCAACAAAAUCUGGAGACCGAAGUGGCUACAGCAGCCCAGGUUCCCCAGGGACUCCUGGCAGCCGGUCCCGUACACCCUCUCUGCCCACACCUCCAACCAGGGAGCCGAAAAAGGUGGCCGUGGUCCGUACGCCACCCAAGUCCCCGUCUUCAGCCAAGAGUCGCCUUCAGACUUCUACGGUUCCCAUGCCAGACUUGAAAAAUGUCAGGUCCAAGAUUGGGUCCACUGAAAACUUAAAACACCAGCCAGGAGGUGGAAAGGUGCAAAUAGUAUACAAGCCAGUCGAUCUGAGCAAGGUGACUUCCAAGUGUGGCUCAUUGGGCAACAUCCAUCACAAACCAGGUGGUGGCCAAGUGGAAGUUAAAUCUGAGAAACUGGACUUCAAGGAGAAAGUUCAAUCAAAGAUUGGUUCCCUGGAUAACAUUACCCACGUUCCUGGUGGAGGAAACAAGAAGAUCGAGUCUCACAAGCUGACCUUCCGUGAGAACGCCAAAGCCAAGACUGACCACGGGGCGGAAAUCGUCUACAAGUCGCCCACCAUGUCCGGGGACACCUCCCCCCGGCACCUCAGCAACGUCUCUUCUACCGGAAGCAUCAAUAUGGUGGACUCACCUCAGCUCGCCACGUUGGCUGACGAAGUCUCUGCCUCCCUGGCCAAGCAGGGCUUGUGAUCUUGCCCAGCAGUGUGGUAAUCAUGGAGAGAGGAGAGAGAGAAAGA